UCCGGCAACAGUACAGCGUUGGGUCCUCACAGCGCAUGACCGGGCAGCUAUCACUGAUGUGUGCAUGGAGCAUUGUGGGCUGGAUGGUGCAACUGAGGACGGCGACACUUUGCACAAAGAGAAACAGGCCGGACGGAUGACGCGUGAUGAGAACGAUGUCCUGAAAAUCAUUGACACAUUGUACAAGUUCUUCAACCCAUUUCUGCCUGCCUCUAAGCAGCCCUACUCAAGACUCACUCACCUCUCCUCCGCCAUAGAAGCAUCUGCUGAAACAGCCAGCGAUCUUCUCCAAGCGGAAGACCAUGGGAGAACGCGUUUUCAGGAGUUCAUCCGGGACCGGUUGACUACCAGCGAUUCCACCAAAGCAUUCCAUGACCCAUUGAAGAAACUCAACUUGUCUACAUUCAGUGUGAAGAAGAGUAAGAAGAGCGCCACAAGCCAUUCUACAGAAAUUCUCCGCUCUGACCGUGCUACCUUUUCUCGCAUUGCCUUGAUUGCCCAGACACGUCAUAUGGACAUGCGGGAAGUGUUUUCUUAUCCACUUGGACCUGUUCCAUGGGCACUAGCCACGCCUUCCGGUACGUUGGUCAAGACGAGCAAGUCAUCAUUACUCCCGCUACUGACAGAUGGAAUGCCUCAACCAGCAGCUGUUGGCACCUCCAGCGGAGCACUGAUGCUAGACGGCAUGGCGAUGCUCAGAGCCAGAAAGCUCAGUGAUAUCCCUGCUACGUUUGGUGAAUUCGCUGAAUCCACGUUCACCCAGAUGUGCAAGCACUUCGCAACAUAUUCACGUGUGGAUUUCAUUGCUGAUACCUAUCGUGAUGUGUCCAUUAAGAACCUUGAGAGAACAGCACGGUCAGCUCAAGGAGCUCUACGGCAACACAUAUCGAGUCCUCAGCAACGUACUCCUCACCAGUUUUCGAAGUAUCUCGCCGUUGGUGCAAACAAAGAAGAGCUACUCAACUUCUUCUUCACCCAAUGGCAGCGUCCUGAUCUCGUACGUCGUCUACCUCCAGGAGAGAUACUGGUGAUUACAGCAAGCCGCUCUUGUGCUAUGAUUCCAUCACAUUCUUCAACAACAGAAUGUAAGUGGUGCAAUGCAUUUAGUAGGCACGAGAACAGAUGUCCUGUCUGAUGACUGUGAAUGCUGGAAAGUUGAGCACAUUCCACUGAUAGAUAGUCUGGUGUAUGUCAUGAAACUGCCACAGUAGCAUUCACUCAUGCCGGUAUAAUUAUGGCUUAGAAGCAUGUAUUCAUGUUUGCUAAUUGAGGCAUAAUUCCUUUUACUAUUAUGUUUUCCUUGCAGGCAUCCCAGUUAACAACUUGGAGUGCAAUCACGAAGAAGCAGACACUCGUCUAUUGUUACAUGCCAAGCAUGCUGCCUCAUCAGGUUGUGCGUCUGUCACUAUCAAGUCGCCUGACACAGAUGUUGCUGUUCUCGCUGCUGCAUUCAGCCACGCCAUACCAGCACAGCUCUACUUCCUCACCGGAACUGGUGCCAAAGUUCGGCGAAUUGACAUGAAGGCUGUCAGUGAGAAGCUGGGCAUGGACGUUUGCAAAGCUCUCCCCGCCCUCCAUGCAUUCACCGGGUGUGAUACGACAAGUGCCUUUGCAUAUCGUGGGAAAAAGGCAGCAUUGAGUAUUGUGCAAGGUGAUACAGUGGCCGGCGCAGCUGCUAGAGAAGUAUUCACCAGCGUUGGGAAGCAGUUUCAGUCAUUGUCGACAGAAAGCCUAGCCGCCCUGGAGAAGUUUGUUUGUGCAUACUACAAGGUACCCCAUUGCUCUAGCGUUAAUAGCGCCCGCUAUGAGCUGUUCUGCACCAGGAAUGCACAACCAGCUUCCACCAUGCCGAGAUGCACUUGUGAAGCAUAGCGCCCGUGCAAACUAUCAGGCUGCUAUUUGGCGACGGUGUCUUGAGCCCUGUCCAGUUAUCCCUCUACCACAUGAGAAUGGACAUGGCUGGUGUCUUACAGGCGAUGGCACGUUAAGAAUAGAUUGGGUCAGUCUGCCACCUGCCCCGCAUUCCAUUCAGGAAUUUCUUAGUUGUGGUUGCAAGACUGGGUGUACUGGAGGGCGCUGCUCGUGCCGCCGUCAUAGGCUGCUAUGCACAGAUGCUUGCGGCUGUCACCAUGCUUCAACAGAACCAUGCUCUAACUGCAGUGAAGAUGCUGGUGAUGAACAGCUGCCAAUGUCCGCUGUUUCCCUUGAUGAUACUACUCCACUAAAUGAUGAUGAUGACAUUGAUCAACCCUCUGCUUGAGCACGAAUAGCUGACCCUCGUCCACUCGGUACUUGUGUCUCAGAAGUCAGACAACUUGAUUGGACCUCAUCACACAGAAGCGCUCUUACGCGAGCUGCAACACUAUUCGUCAACAGUUUCCUACA